UUAUAAAAGCCCUCCUAAAAUGAAUAUUUACUUUUUUUCCAAGUAAAUUUUAUUCUUAAAAUAUUAAAGGAGCUAGCAAGAAUGUAAGGCGCAAAGUUUAAUUGUCUAAUUUGAUUAAAAUUUGAAAAAGUGUCUUAAAUUAUUGACAAACUUUAAAAAAAGUUAAAAUAUUCAAACUAGAAUAGAAUAAUAUAAAGUGACAUUUCUGAAAUAAAGAUGGUGGGCGCGUGAUUUUUCAUAGAAAAAUUUUGACAUUAGUGUAAUAUAACAAAAAAAAAAUACGUAUUCUAAUAUUUUUAAUCAAGAAAAUUUAAGAUGAAUAAAGAAGACGGGAAUCUUUUAAAUGAUCCAGAAUUAAGCCUGGCAGAAUCAUUAAAUAACAGCAUUAAAAAUAUAACUGGCUUAAAAGAAAGUGUGAAUGUUAGUGAUAUAAAGGAGGCAGCGAUAAGCAAUACAAAUGAAAAUUCAAAUAUUAUUAUUAGGUCGGAUACAAAAGAUGUGAAUACAACAGUAAUGGGACAAAACAAAACAAUACCAGAAAAAAACGCAAUAGUCACUAGUAAUACAAUUAAAAUUGGUAAUCAAAUUAAAUUACCAACGAAGCAAAUAUCAGGUACAAUAGCAAAAGAUCGCGUGACAGGACAAUACAUUCUGAUUCAACCAGGAGGUGGUUCUGCCGUUCCAGUACGAUUAGCUUCAAAUAAUAAUAAUACAACUAAGCAAGUUGCGGUUCAAGUUAUUAGAAAAAGUGAUGGAACCAUAGUACCCAUAAAAUCUAAUAAGCAAAUAAAUUUAAGUAAUGUUAAUAUAGCAGGAAAAAAAAUUUUGACAACGGGUGGUGGCCAGACAGUUUUAUUAAAUAAAAGUGCUUCCAUUACUGGAAGCACUACCACAACCACGGUCAUGAAAUCUCCGGCAUCGGCAAUAGUUUCAGACCAAGUUCAAAAACAACAUAUAAUGAGAGCCGUACCAAUUUCAGGAGAUAAAUCUAAAUAUUUAACUAAUUCAUCGACAAUUGUGAAUAUUGGCAAUAAACUUGUGGUUAGAACUGACAGCAAUAAAAAAUCGGAAGAUACAGUAGGAACACCAUCGAUACAAAAAUUAAAUUCGCAUAAAUUUAUAAAACUAUCACCGUCUACAUCAACUGGAUCGGGAAAUGUGCAAACAUUACAAUUAUCUAGUAAAUCUGGUGGACCAGUACAAUAUGUUCGUGUACUGAACGCGGGCGUGAACAAAGAGAGUUUAAGCCCAACCAAAGUUUUUGUAAAAAAUCAAGAUGGCCAUAUGCGCAUGGUAACAAGAGUAAAUCAACAACCACUUUUGGAUGGAAAAACAAUAAUUGUGAAAGAAAAUCCAAAUAAAUUGACACAAGAACAGUUAAAUCAACAUAAAUUAAUUACCGUACCUACAUUAAAGAAAAUCAAUGAAAGCUCUUUAAUUUCUGCAAGUAGUAAAAUUAUAACAGUAAAAAAAGAGGAGGUGGAACAAUUAAAUGCAAGAUUAAAGCAGAAGAGUUCAAUAUCUUCAGCCUCGUCACUUCAGCCAAACAUUGUUCAAAAACCAAGAAUUUUAAAUAAUCUAGGACGACUCGCUGGGAAUUUAAGUGUAAGCAGUUGCAGUAGUAAUUUUAGCAAUCAGCAGAAACAGCAUAUAUUGUAUAAGAAAGACCAAAUAAGUGGAAUUGUGUCAUCAACAAAUUUAAAUAGACCCGCUGUACCAAAUAUUAAAAUCUCGCCUAAGAAACUAGUUCCGAUUACAGGAUCUCAUACUAUUAUAAAGGGUUCAGAAUCAUCUCAGAAACUUUACAGCGUUUUGAAACCAAGUUCGCAGAAUAUUCAAGAGAAAGUUGUAAAUAGUACUACCUCAUCUGCUCCAGCGCAGCUUCCAUCGAGUUUGCCACAACCUUAUUCUGGAUCAAGAACUCGUUCACCUAGUCCCAGCAACGACGGUGGACUAAGACGAAAACAUUGCAAUUGUACAAAAUCUCAAUGUUUAAAAUUAUAUUGUGACUGUUUUGCAAACGGCGAAUUUUGUCAGGACUGCAAUUGUAAAGAAUGUUUCAACAAUUUAGAAUAUGAAGAUGAAAGGCAAAAAGCAAUAAAAAUGUGUCUUGAAAGAAACCCAGCUGCUUUCAAGCCUAAAAUAACAAAAGCCCGCGAUCAUAAUGAUCUGCGCUUGCAUAAUAAAGGGUGUAAUUGUAAACGAUCAGGUUGUUUAAAAAAUUAUUGUGAAUGCUAUGAAGCAAAAAUUGCAUGUUCAUCUAAUUGUAAAUGCAUUGGUUGCCGGAACGUGGAAGAUCGAGCUGGUAUAGAUAUAACUAGUGUAACAAAAAAUUCAAAACCUUUUAGCCGUGGUGUUGCUUUGAAACGGCCUCUCGAUGAUAUUGGCGGUGGUGGAUUAAGUAUUCAUAAUUCUGCAAAUGCACUUGGAAGUAAAGCUCCCAACGUAAUUGGGAGCAACAACACCACAUAUAACGAUACUUUAUCGGCUUUAACCCAAACGGGAAAUGGACCCCCAGCAAAGCAAGCUUAUAAUUUUAUAACACAAGAUGUUGUUGAUGCUACCAUACAAUGUAUGAUAGCUCAAGCUGAUGAAUGUCAAAAAGGGGAAGUUUCGGCGAAAACAACCGAACGUAUGAUUUUAGAGGAAUUGGGCCGAUGUCUAGUUGAAAUAAUUGACUUUUCUAUUAAAAAUUUUGAUAACUAAAUAAAUUUAAUUUUCAGUUCAAUUGAAAGAUAGGAACAUAAUUGUAUGACGUAUAAAAAUUGCAUUAUUUUAAAUUUUCUUAAAAAAAAAGCACGUAAAUGUUGUAUUAUAUAAUUCUUGUAUCAUUAUUUUAAAAAUUAUUUAAGAAUUAUUUAAAUUAAAACUUAGCAUUAAAGUUU